AUAUAUAUUCAUGGUUGCAAGCAUUUUAGAACCAACACACAAAUCAUUCACACCCUGAAGCAUUCGAAAUUCAUAAGCCUGAACUUCCAAGUCUUUUUUAGACAAUUUUCUUCUCAAGUCUCAUUAAAUACAAUACAACAAUGGGUUUUCGUCUACUCGGUACCAGAAGGGCAUCAUUUGCUGCAAACCAAGCAUCUUCAAAAGCUUUGGAGGUGCCAAAGGGCUAUCUUGCAGUCUACGUUGGAGAGAGAAUGAAGCGGUUUGUGAUCCCCAUAUCAUACUUGACCCAAUUUUCAUUCCAAGACUUGUUGAGUCAAGCUGAGGAAGAGUUUGGAUAUGAUCACCCCAUGGGUGGUCUUACAAUUCCUUGCAGUGAAGAUGUCUUCCAAAACAUAACUUCACGUUUGAAUGGACUAUAAAUCUCGUAGCGUAGAAGACUGACAUAGAUUUGUAGACAUUUGGUACACUAGGAAUCUUCUCAAUUUGUAAAGAUCUCCUUUUUGAGAAGUAGGAGAAAAGAAAAGACCAUUAGAAUGACAAUUUUGUUCCAUUUUUUUUUUUGUUUAAUGACAAGCAGUUCAACUACGCAAGCA